AUGCUGAUGUUAAGACUUGACCCCGAAAUCUGGGGUUUCUUUCGCGUUUCUGAGAAGAAUUCAAAAUUCGAAAGAGAAUCGAACUCCGAAGAGAGUGAGAGUUUGAACGAGAAUUUCGAAAUUGAAGAUGGUACUCACGAGAAAUCUCGAGAAGGUGUUGGGGAAGAAAAAAAGAAAGAAUGUCGAAAGAAAAAGAAAGGAGAUGUCGAAUCAGCGUCACCCGAGAUCGGCGCGGAAAAGCAACGGGCUCGACCUGAGGAAGAGAACGAGAACUCAGAGGAAACUAGGAGUGAAAGAGAACUCAGAGGAGACCCUCCGACUGAAGAAGGAGCAGAAGAUGGAGUCGGGAGCGACGGAGGGAGUCAAAGUUUGAGAGACCCUCCGACUGGAGAAGGAGCUUGUGACGGGAGCGACGGAGGGAGGAGACAAAGUGAGAGUGACCCCGAUUCAAGCUACUCGGGCGAGGAAGAGGAAGAGGAAGUGGAACCAAUGAGACCUUUGAGGAUGUAUUUUCCGCCGACGGAGUACACUAAGAAAGUGAAGAUAUCGACGAGGUGUUAUUUGCAUGACUUGUUCGAGACCUUCCGCGAUUUACGGCCUAAGCUUACAGACAAGGAGAAGAAUUGGUUUGAGACUCACCCGCAGUUCAAACACAUCUUCCACAUGUCAAGGGACCGAAACCACAAGCUUCAGGGAAUUUGGACGCUGCUUCUUCGAACCGCAUGCAUUGAGAAGAAAAAAGAAGUUUGGUUCAUUGUAAAUGGCGUGCCUAUCCGUUAUGGUCUAAGGGAACAUGCCUUGAUAUCGGGAUUGUAUUCCCAUAACUAUCCAAGCGGUUUUGCGGAAAAUAAAUCUGGGAAAAUGGCAUUUGUGGAGAAGUAUUUUAAGCUGGGUUCAACAUUCUUAGCUUUCGAGGCUAUUCCACAGUUAGGUGAACGAUUUCUACAACCUUUUCCAGGCGCAGAUGAGGAAUGUCCGAAGAUGUGCAAGUCAAUGUUCAAAAAAUGCGACAUGAAAGGAAUUCCUUUCGAGAGAAUAAGUGCACAACUUGGUACAACUAAGGACAUUGAUAAUAUCCUAACUGCAAACGCUAGUGAGAAGCGUCUUCUGGAAAGAAUCACAGAACCUGAGGACGACGUUGAUGAGCAUUGUGUCGUUGUCGAGAGUUGGAUGAAGCUCGCAAAGCGAUCGCAGGUCGUAUUUUUGAAGGAUAUGUACGACGAAGAUGUGGCAAGAUUAGCAGAAGCUCCUCCUCAGAACCAUGAAGCGGUGAACACCGAAGCGGUGAACCCGGAAGCUGUUAACACGCCAUCCUCAGAAUUGAUAGAGCUUAUCCAGAGCAUGAAGAAGGAGAUGGAAGAGCGUAUGACGACAAUUGAGAAGAAAGUUGAUCGGUUGGAGGUAAGGAUAGCUCCGAUUGAAGCUUAUGUGAAUGAGCAAACUGCUCAUAUGAGGAUGGAGGAUGACAACAUUUGCCAUGACAUCUCACAGGGUUCAAAAGAGAGAGACGGUAAUGAAAGUGGUGACAGGGAUCUCGAAGACGUGGCAGAGGGACUUCGAGACCCGCCACAGGUCAGAGACCCUUCGCAGGACAAGGGUUUAGAAGAACCGCCACAGGUCAGAGACCCUUUGCAGGACAAGGGAGAGGAAGAACCGCCACAUGCCGAUGAAACUCGAGAAGAAGCCAUGGAGGGAGCCAUGGCCGAUGAAAGAGAAGAAGCCAUGGAAAGUCGAGAAGAAGCCAUGGCCGAUGAAAGUCGAGAAGAAGCCAUGGAGGAAGAAGAUGGCAGAGAUAAAUCGCAGGAAAAGGAAGUUGAUGAUGUCUCUGGCAAAGAGAAAGAAAGCGAGCCCGAAAAGGAGAAAGAAGGAGGUGAAAGUCUCGACAGUGUGGUCGCUUCUCCUGAAGGCAAUGUGGAGAAAGAAGGAGGUGAAAGUCUCGGCAGUGUGGUCGCUUCUCCUAAACGACCAAUUUCUCAUCGCCCUAAGCUGAAAGUCCAUCUAAAACGGGAUCGAGAUGGAAUGAACGAGAAGCGGGACGAGGGUAAAAGGCAGAAGCGGGAGAAGCUCUUGGAGGAGGCUAACCAGCCGAGGGUGUCUACAAGGGUAGCUGGGAAGAUAGAGAAGAAGGCAGCAGAAAAGGUAGAGAAGGAAAGGAAGAAUGCAGAAGAAAAGCUAGAGAAGGAAAGGAAGAAGGCAGAAGAAAAGGCUGAGAAAGAAAGGAAGAAGGCAGAAGAAAAGGCUGAGAAAGAAAGGAAGAAGGCAGAAGUGAAGGCUGAGAAAGAAAAGAAGAAGGCUGAGAUGGAAAAGAAGAAGGCGAAAAAGGGAGAGGUUUCGAGAGAGGAUGAGAAGAACUAA